AUGGAGAGGAAAUUGAAGGAAGCGAGAACGGUCCCUCUACCGAGUCGUCUUUCACAGCGUCAUAAGAAGAUCAGGAAGAACGGAUUCCGUUGUGGAGCAGCUGUGACGACAGCUCAAGGCAAGCAGUUGAAGAGGGAUCCUUCGGCUGGUCCUGUCUCCGAUGUUAAGUUCUGGAAAGAUAACCCUGGGGUAGGCCCUGCAGGGUGUUGGGUGGAAAUUACGGGAUUUGUGAGGGAGAUAGCAAUGCCAGUGGCUGAGCUCAGUCGCCUGGUGGACCGAUUCUUAUCUGACGGGAAAGUGACUCUGAUGCACCGCAACGGUGACACGAUUACGGACGAGGCCUGUGCCCUCUUCGGCAGCCUCUACUCCUGCAGCCUCAUCAAGACCGUCUACGUUACUCCCGCGGCCGUUUAUGUCGUCACCUCCUACAGCGGAGGGACGACCCGUUCACGGGCAUUAUUCGCCCCCGUCGCCGCCGCUCGCCUCUACACCGCUCCCGUCGCCGGCCCCUGGUAA